AUGUGUUCGUCAAGGCAGCCGCCAGUUCCGCGCCAACGUUUGGGGCCGCCAUUGUGGGAGUGCCGGCUAUAUGUUAUUGUGCUUCGGAAUGGCACCCGCUAUAGAUAUAGGGUUACGUUAAGGGUAGGCAGCGAAACCGCUCCCGCAGAGCUUAGCGGCAUUGGCAUGUUCCAACUACCACUAUGCGGCCGAGCUGGUGUAGUAGGAGUAGUCGGGGCUGAAGGUCGUUGGGACGGCAGUGCAGAGGCUACCACCAAAGAGACGAGUCGGGCGGCUUCCGGUCGGUUUCGGCAUGUUGAAGUGCUAGAAACAUUAUUUUUGGCGGUCGAAGGUCUUGAAAAGUUCACACUUAGGCAAACCGAGGGCGGAAAGAGAGAGCAUACGCCGAAUAUGGUUGCCAUCAACGAUGUAGAUUUAAACCUCCAGACGAAUCCAAACGAACAGGUUCAUCCCGAGUCCUCCGAGAUACCCCGUCGAGAUACCCUUAUCGUGGUCUUGAUAACUAAAACGUCUCCCUUAGGCCACGAUUAG